AUGGGUCGCGAAAUCGUUCGCGAAGAAUCUAUUAAAGUGCCUGAGAAACGCAAUAGGUUGUGGAAUUAUGAAGAUGUUCAUCAUGUGUUAAUUCAAAAUACGGCUUCGGAAGUUGUUGAAAGCAUAAUCCUUGACCUUUCAUUCUCAAAGCUAAAAGUGAAAAAUCCUGACUUCACGGAGGCAAAAAAUCUUGAGAAAGUAGUUUUUCGAAGAUGUACAAGUUUACUUGAGGUUCACCCAUCCAUUUCGUCUCUCGACAACCUGGUUCUUUUGGAUUUCGAAAAUUGCAGAAAUCUUAAGAUUUUUCCAAGUAGGAUUGGUAUGAAAUCUCUUAGAACCCUUAAACUUUCAUGGUACGGCAGCCUCAAUAAGUUUCUCGAAAUUUCAGGUUGCAGAAAAUUUGAGAAUCUUCCAAGCAGCAUCUCUCACAAGAAAUCUCUUCAAUGCCUUGAUGUUUUUGGAUGCUCGAAGCUUGAGAAGUUUCCAAAAAUUCCAGAGGUUAAGAAUAAGCUAUCUGGGCUCUAUUUGGGUCGCACCACAAUUAAGGAACUGCCUGCAUCAGUUUUAAAUCUCACCAAUCUGGUUACUCUGAGCCUGAAUGAUUGCAAAGAACUUGAGAGUCUUCCAAGCAGCAUUUGUCAAAUGAAAUCUCUUCAAUACCUUGAUAUUUCUAGAUGCUCAAAUCUUGAGAAGUUUCCAGAAAUUUCAAAGGUUAUGAAUAAGCUAUCUAAGCUUUAUUUAGGUGGCACUGCAAUUAAGGAACUGCCUCCGUCAGUUUUAAAUCUCAUCAAUCUUGUUACUUUGAAGUUGAAUGAUUGUAGAGAACUUGAGAGUCUUCCAAGCAGCAUUUGUCACAUGAAAUCUCUUCAAUACCUUGACGUUUCUGGAUGCUCAAACCUUGAGAAGUUUCUAGAAAAUUCAGAGGUUAUGAAUAAGCUAUAUGAGCUUUAUUUUGGUGGCAUUGCAAUUAAGGAACUGCCUGCGUCAGUUUUAAAUCUCACCAAUCUUGUUAGUCUAAGGCUGAAUGAUUGCAGAGAACUUGAGAGUCUUCCAAGUAGUAUUUGUCAAAUGAAAUCUCUUCAAUACCUUGAUAUUUCUGGAUGCUCAAAUCUUGAGAAGUUUCCAGAAAUUUCACAGGUUAUGAAUAUGCUAUCUGAGCUUUAUUUCGGUGGCACUGCAAUUAAGGAACUGCCUGCGUCAGUUUUAAAUCUCCUGAGUCCUGUUACUUUGAUGCUGAAUGAUUGCAGAGAACUUGAGAGUCUUCCAAGCAGAAUUUGUCAUAUGAAAUCUCUUCAAUACCUUUAUGUUUCUGGAUGCUCAAAUCUUGAGACGUUUUCGGAAAAUUCAGAGGUCUUGAAUAAACUAUCUGCAUAG